GGGGGUGACGCGAGGUCCGUGGGCAGCGGGGGAGGCCCAGGGAGCCUUCGGGUGUCUCCCCUUGGCGGGUCUUGUCCCGGUGGUAACCGUAAACCCUCAGGCUUAGGAAGGCACCGGGAGGAUGCUACCGCGGUACCUUCAGCGCCCACCUCGGCUCCGACACCGCCUCGGCGCCUGCGCUUUGAUGACGCAACGAGCCAACGCCGGGGCUGUCGGUGACGCCAUCGAGCAGCGCCCGGCCGUGCGCAGCGCGGAGGGCCCGGGACGGAUCGGUCCCGGAGGGGAAAGGAGAGUCCGAGACCGGUCCGGGGUUUGACCAUGGCUCCCGCCGCCGUGCAGCCGCCGGAGAUCCAGUUCGCGCAGCGGCUGGCCGCCAACGAGAAGCGCAUCCGGGACCGCGCCGUGAAGAAGCUGCGGAGAUACAUCAGCGUCCGGACCCAGCGCCCGGACGGUGGCUUCAGCCAGGACGAACUGCUGAAAAUAUGGAAAGGCCUGUUCUAUUGUAUGUAUCAGGAUAAACCUCUGCUACAGGACAGAAACUUGCAAGCAAUAUCUCACAGUCUUAUCCACGUGAUUCAGAAUACAGAGGCUCGACACCUGUUCAUUCAGACAUUUUGGCAAACUAUGAACCGUGAGUGGAAUGGGAUAGACAAUCUGCGCCUUGAUAAGUACUACAUGCUAAUGCGUAUGAUUUUGAGGCAGUCCUUUGAAGUGCUGAAAAGAAAUGAUUGGGAUGAAAGUUCUAUUGAACCAUUCCUGCAGCUACUAAUGAAAGAAGUUAUGGACCCAGACAGCCAUGCUCCCUGGAUAAAGUUUCAUUUCAUUGAUAUAUAUCUGGAUGAAUUGGCUCAGGGUGGAAGCAGUGAGCUCACAGCAGACCAGAAUCUCAAGUUCAUUGAACCUUUCUGCAAAAUUGCUGCCAAAUCAAAGGAUCGAUGUGUGCUGCAUGCUGUAGCCACUGGUAUCUUUGAGAUGAUUGUGGAUCUCCCCUAUGCCAUUGAGGACCUAAUGAAAGAACUGGAGAGCAAGGGUGAUGAGGAGGAUGUGUCAGACGAAAGAGAAACAGGAAAACGAGAGGGGCUUAAAACCAAAGCAGACAGAUGUUUGUCAAGAAAAACGUCACAGAGCUCUGAAGAAACAGAGGAUGUUUGUGAAAAUUCUGAUGAUGGUAUUGGAGCUGUUCUUCAGUUUGAUUAUAAGGCUGUUGCUGACAAACUCUUUGAACUGGCAAGCAAGAAAAAUACACCUUCCCUUAACAGAAAGCGUCUGUACAAGCUGGUCAAAAAGUUCCAUGACUUAGCAGAAGGAAUCUUCCCCCAAGAUUUUCCUGAAGAAGUUUCUACAGAUGAAGAGGAUGAUGAAUUCAGUAGGGGAAGACGAAAGAAAACUGUCAAGCCUUGGGAGAAAAACAAGUUGGAAAGAGAAAAAGGUAAGGCAGGAUGAAUCUUUGGAAGAGAGACAAUCUGCAAAGAUGAACAAGAGCUGUCAAGUGCAAAGGAGGCAUCAGUUCCCCAGAAGAAGAGGAAAAAGGGGAAGAAGAGGGAUGGCCGAAGUGCUGAUUCUGGAACAGUUGGUGGAAAUGGUGAGGAGGGAGUAGCUGAAACAUCUGGAUCGAAUCUUUUUAGCCAUGGGAAAGUGCCAGAAAGUAGUAAGGAAAGGAAAAAAAGGAAACUGCUAUUAAAUGAGGCAAAUGAGACCACAAACUUAGCAACUGACACCAGAGAAAAUCACAUUAUCUCUGCGCAGAACAGUCUGACUGAUGCAGAACAGAGUACAAAGAGCCAAUUGAAGAGAAUUAAUCCAAAAGUGAAAAAUGUUCCUGUAAAACCCACAUCUCAGAAUGGACCAGCUCCUGACUGUGCAGCAGAAAAUGUUAGCACAUCUGUGACACCAUUAACACCAAAGGUUGUGAAAAAGAGACAGAAAGCAGAGGUUGCCUUAGUGAAUGGGGAUACCCUUUCGCAGCAGACAGACAUCAAACCCAGCAAGGAGGGCUUGCUGGGGACCCUGUCAGGAGGUACAGACUCUAAAUCUCUGUCCUCCAGAAAAGUCAAAUUGAAGACAAAGACAAAGACAGUUGGUUUGGAAGAGAUGAAAAUCUCCAGCCAGAAAGCAGCAACCUUGAAGAAGAAGAGAAUAAAAGAGGUGCUGAAUUCUCUUGAAGCCAAUGGAGCCCUGGAGACUGUGUGCAAGAAGAGCAGGAACGGGGAAAGCAGCACUGAUCUAUCAGGGUUAAAGAAAAAGAAAGCAAAGCCAGGAAGUGAUUUUGUAAAAUUUGAAAAAUCAACUUUACCAAAGCCAGUAUUCUUCAGGAAAGCCAGAAGCACUAUCUCUUCCAGCAGACCAUCCAUGCAGCUGAACAAGCUGCAGUCGUCCAGCUCCAAAAAGGUCACAUUUGGCUUGAAUAAAAACAUGACUGCUGAGUUUAAAAAGACAGACAAAAGUAUAUUAGUGAGCCCAGAAGGACCCUCACGUGUGGCUUUCAAUCCUGAACAGAAGCCCCAUCAUGGGGUGCUGAAGUCACCCACAGGUACUCCUGCAGGAGAGCCUCAAGUGAAGAAACCAUUUAAUACAUCAGCUAAGAAGAGACCAAUUGCUACGGACUUAUUUUAAACCAACAGAUGUGGCCUAAUUUUGUACAGGACAUUUUGCUAACCUAGAAUGUUCUCUGGAGGCUUUUUGAAGUUCUUUAUUUUUUUAAGUUAAUACAGAUUGUAUAUACAAAAUUCUGAUUGUGACCUAGGUCAUUGCUAUUUUGACACCCCUUCAGCUGUAUCUCAAAAUACUUGUUUGUGUAUUUACAGAAAAGAAACAAAAUCCAAUUUCUGCUCAGGUUUGGUCUACAAUAUGUCACUCAUGAGAGACUUGUUCCUUUAAUUAGGGGAUGUUCAGGGUUUGAUUGUUGCCAUGAUUUUUUUUGAGCCAGUUUAAGAAAAGUUGGACUUCAUGCUGUUCAACUGACUUACAUUGGACAGAGCUUAAAAUGGAAAAGACAACAUAGAUUUUAAACCUUCUGUGGUUGUUCAUGUGUUUUAAAAUUUUACCCCAUAAUUUUUCAUGUGUCAUCUUUGGCAUCCUGUUAAUUCUUCUUCUGGAAAUAGUGAUUACCUCAUCUCUCUGCAUAACAGCAGGACUUGGGUAGCUGUACAGACAGCAAGCAAGCUUUCCCUGGGAUAAGGAAUGCCUGGCUGCCCAAGUGGUCAGUGUUGCAAAUAAACCUUCACAGCUGGUUGCCUGCUAAGUUGAGUACAGUCACCACAUUGUUUUCAGUAACACAAGUGCCAAAGCUGGCUUAAACUUGUCAUGUUGUAAGCUGGCUUCUUCUCUUUAUUGUAACUGAAAUAAUGCUCUUGCAUGGGAGAAAUCUUUGAUGUUUCCAGGUCAUUUCAGCACCCCACUGCUGUCUUUCUGAAGGUCUGACAAGACUCCAGGAUAUCUUCUUUAGCAGCUGGUGUUGCCACAUUUUACUAAACUCAGAUCUCAUUCAGUGAAUGAACCUCUGGUUGUCCUAAAGUGAGCUAGAUGAGUGUAGUACAUCUUUGAUGAGAACACACAUCUCUCUCUAAAAGCUUUGGUGCCUCUCAGAACAGGGUAAAACUGUACGGCCCAGGCAAAUCGGUUUUGGUUUUGAUGUAGAAUCUGAAGAGUUCCCUCUGCAGCAUUUCCUCGCAUUAAGUUGGAUAUUUUAUUAUUAUUUUGCAUGUUUUGUUUUUUCUUUUCUUUAUUGGUGAAGAAUGAGGUGUAUUUUUGUGAAAAGGGGAACUGUGAGCAAGGGGAGAGGAAAUUAAAAACUUCUUUGAUACGGUUGAAAGAUUUGACUUCUCUCUUUGGAAGUUAUGCUUAUGUGAACAAGGCACAUAUACUCUUAUCAUCAGAGCUCAGCUUCAAAGCACACAACCUGGUGCCAAAGCAAAGCUAUUGAUGAAGUUUCUCACCAGUUACUUCUGUGAUCCUGUCAGAGAGAGGGCAAGCCUGCUUCCUUACCAUGUAUUAUAACUGGUAAACAUUUAGCUACUGCAGCCUGCAAAAUUAAAUUUUGUGGCAUAAUUUCUUUGCACAGUUCAGUAGUACUUUUUAUGAGUCUUUGAUGCUGACUGUCCUCAGCCAGAUUGCUCCUCAAAAGAGACUGGAUUGAAACUGCUCUUUCAUAGCUCAUCUAGAAUUUCUUUUAUAUACUUGUGUACUGGCAGAUUGCUGGCUGGUCUGUUACUCCAUUCUAAUCCGUGCCAGUUUUUCCACUAAGUUUGUGUCAAUCCAUGGUUUGUGGUGCUGCAAUGGAAGUGUUAGAAAGUAAUGGGUUUUUGAAGCACUGAAUUUCAUUUGAUUUAGUUUUAGUUUGUAUUGGCUCAACUGAUGAGUAAAGAACUCUGGAGAAUACAUCAGAUAAAAUUAAUAUUUGCUGUUUGAGCAGUUACUGUUCAGUUGUUUAAAAAAACAAUUCAUUGUAUAUUACCAUAAUGCUUUUUUUUUUUUUUUUUUUUGCAAGAUGGUGGUAGGUAGGAAGGAUUGAACAAAGACUGUCUGAUAUAUUGUACUGUUUAUUUCGUACUGUGGAUGAGAAGUCUUUUGUGGAAUAAGCUUAAAAGCAGUUGUAUGUGCUUAGUUGUUGGUGCAUUAGUUUGAAGAUGCCAUAUUCCUCCAAGGAAUAAAGAUGCAAACAGUCAGUAGGGAGAUCAGAUGUGCACAGAAAAAUCCAGGACACAUUUGGGUUUGAUUUUGUUCUUAAUACAUGUAACCUAUUUUAGAAAUGAAGUUAAAUGGUUGUCUGGAUCUUUUUCUUUUGCUUGUGGAUCCAUUAAACCUGUUGCUUAUUCAAAUAUUUUGUUGCCCACAGUGCUAACUGGAAAGGUCAGAAAUGGCAGUCAGUUUUUUUAUCAAAAACUUCAGUGAUGUGAUUGCUUGUUGGGAUUCAUGCCUAACCCAUCUGUGCCAUGAAACUGGUGGAAUGUUUUGUAAAUAUAUGUAUGUGGUGUGUGUUGUCUUCAGUGGUCUGGAUUUUUAUUUAGGACAACUUCACAAAAAAACCCCACUGUCGCUGAGGUUCAGUUAACAUUGUGUUAAAUUUGAGUAUGUUACACAAUGUUUGGAUAAUGACAAUUACAAUAAAUAAUGGGGGGGGGGAGAAAAAAGGAGAAAUAAAUGUACAUCUAGGAUACCCACUGCACAGACACAAUGGUACUAUAUGGAGAGAUGUAUUGGUAGGAAAAGAGAAAAGAAAAAACUCAUCUGACCAGUUUGUCACUUCAUAGGUUUUUUCAUAGUGUUAUUCCAACUUGGCAGCUUCCAAUUGUUCUGUGAGUCAAAGUAAGUUUAUGUGGCGUACCUUUUAAAGCACAGUAUUUUGUAAUGGUUGUCUCUGUUUUUCUUACAGAUCUGAUCAAAGUUGUGUUUCCCAAGCUCUAAUAAUUGAUAAUUCCUUACAGCUUCAAGAGAACUCAAAAGCACAAAAUUAUUUCGGCGAGGCAGAAAGCUGAAAUUAUAUUUAAGUUGCUGGCUGUGUGGGAUUUUUUAGAGUCUGUCAAAUCUUGCAAAGCAGAAAGUGGCCUUUUUGUCUUUUAUUUCCUGUGCUUAAACUUCAUUACAGGUAGGAAAAAAAAUCCAUGUGUCAUUUUAUGUACCUCUGCAACAGCAUUGUUAUUACAAACACAGUGUUUAAGAAUUAUAUCAUUUAUUCUAGUCCAAUAAAACAUCUUUUUUGUGGCUAUUGUA